ACGGGGCCGCACGGCCAGCAAACACGUUGUGGGGGUUUGAAGUUGCAAGUUUGAAUCGUAACCUCAUCCGACGUGGACGCGACGUCCCAGCGCGCUCCUCGGUGUACGCGAACGAAACUGCAAGAACAGGCCAGCGCACCGCACAACUACAUCGCUGAACAUUUUGAGCUGCACACACUGUUUCAGCCGACGAUCGAAAGGUAGAUGCAGUUUGCUGUGCCACAAAUAGCAUCUCCAAAAUACACACCAACGUGAAGUGGGAAUCACGCUGCAUCAGUGUUUUUUUUUAUUCAUCGGAGUUUGUUUCGGAAGUGGAACGCUCUCAAAACGCGCAGGUUCGCCAUGACGGCCCGUUUAAAUCUCCCGUGUAAUGUGCCUACCCGAUCGGGCCCCGCGUAGUGAGCGAAACUUGAGUGUGAGUGUGAGUGGUGCUGUGUAGGGGUGGAAUGUAAAAACAACGACGGCCACAGUCAGAUCGGAGGGAAACUUUUCUGCUGCUGCUGCUUCGCAGGUUGAAAAGUCAUCCGGUGGCCCCCGCGUCGUUGAUCGUGUCGUUUGCACCAACACACCGAAAGCCACGAUCACACUCACAUGCCCGUUGUUGGGUAGGGUUGGGGAAAACGGUUUUGCGGAAGAAAGGGCGUACGAAAAGCUACAGCACAGCAAGUGAACAGGGUGAAGACACAAAAAAAAAAACACCAGCAGUACAAAAACAGGCACCACAAAGCGAAAGAAAAAGCUUCCCGUGAUCAUUCUGACGGAACGGGCUUUACGCGAGUGAGUGUGUGUGUGAGAGAGUAAAAGGUGUGUUACACGAUUGAGGUGUCAGUGGCACAAGAGGCAGAAGAGGAAGAAGAAGAAGAAGAGCAACAACACAGAACAAUCUCUUCUGGGGCAAUCCUAGUGAAAGAAUCGAACAAGCGAAAAGGAACGGAAAAAGGAACGGAAGUGUUUGUCGCUUUGACUCGUAUACCCCUCUUACCCCGCACCAGUUCGGUACGCUUCUUCGCGCACAGGUGUGUAUGCACGUUUGAUCAGCACGACACCAACACAGGAACAAACCCAAGCACACACCUGCACCCUCGCCCCUCCGGCGCCCUGUACGCUGCAACGCGGCAGGAAUUUAAAGUACUCACGCUCCCCUCCCAGGGACCCGAUCUCCAGUAGAGUAGGCUCCAGAAAACCGGAAGCUAGCAGCGAUUUAAAAACCGGAAACCGAAACGAAGCAAUAGAACAAAAGAAGAGGAAAACCAACAAAAAAUAUCAAAACUACGAUCGAACCUGUGUGUACACAGUUUUCUCUUUAACAACAACUAAACAAAAGACGUGUGUUUUCGUAGUCUGAACUUCGCAGUUUUUCCUACUGAAGGCGCUACUCCACGACUACUUUACACGCCCCCCUUCCCUCCACUCCCUCUUUGCGUCUGUGCACCUGUUUUGUUUACACACAGUGCACCCACUUUCCAGAAAAAAAACUGCAACAAAACACACACACAGACACAUUUUACGAGUACAAUUUUGAAUUUUCUUCGCGCUCCUGUCGAAGAACAAAUUUCAAGAUUGAUAGUUUUAAAACAAACAAAACAAACAGUCCGCAACAGAAAACGUACCACGAUUCGUGCCGCAUUCUCGCCCUCCUUGCGUCCCUGUGUGAAGGAGUACACAGCUUGGUGGUUGUUUGUCACGGGGCCAAACAAAAACAAAACCCUGCACAGCGCGGUGUGCGGGUGUGACAGCUGCCCAAGUGUCAGCGAGUGAAGGCAAAAGGUGCUCUUUUGGUGCAUUUACAUCCCGUUCGGUGGGACAAGCAGGCGCUGCCAAAGAGCGUGGUGUGUGUCUUGCUCUAAAAUUCUAAAGUGAAAGACGGUGACACCGCGCAGCUACGAGCAGUUUGCGACUUCUUGCCGCAGCUCUUGAAGUGUUCCGAGUUCAAUUCGUGAUUCUUCACAGUGUGUCAGUGAGUGUAUGUUUGCGUGUUUGUGUGCGCGUGUGUGUGUGUGUUGCUAGCCACAACGAUCCCGUAGCGAUCUUGUUUGGUUGUCAUGUUUUGGUGUUACUGGCUGGAAGUUGGUGAAUCUUCGUGAGCCAUUUCCCGGUCUCGGCUCAUACAGCGAAAAGUGCAUACCUGAGGCAGCUAUCGAUUGUGGAAGUUUCAUAGAAGCUGCUGUGUUCGAGCCACCGUUGCAGUGAACAACAGACACCACACCAACCACCAAAACAAAACGCGCUGCAGAGCAGUUGCAGAGCAGCAGCAGCAACAGCCCACAACACUCGCCGUUGAACGGAGUUAGAAAGGACAGCAGCACCAUAGGACAUUGAAGAAUCUACACUCAGACGAUCCUCACAUCAGCCAACUGCGUGUGACGUGCAUUUGAACGCACUCACGAUCACAUACCACCGUAACCACGCGUGAUAGACGACGCACACGGUCUCCGGAGUGCAGUGCGCGUGUAAUUAACGCCAUUCAGUGCGCCCUUUCCGUCCUACCAGCCCUUCCCGGUCGUCCUCGAAAUAGCGGCUCGUGAUCGUAACGAAGCACGGUAAUACCGGACAGCUGAACGAAGCAAACGGCAGAGGGCGAAGCAAAACCGACGCCGCCACCGAUUAGCUAACACACCAGAACGCAAGGAUCGCAAAAAAGGAAAACUCCGCUCGGCAACCGACUUGCGCUGUGCGUUUCUGCUGUGUGCGUGUGCAUCACCGUUCCACCACCCACUAGACCCACUAAGACUGCACAGUUGCAUCACAUCGAACGUGAGCCAGCCUACUACCACUACCACUAGCAGUAGGCAGAAACCUACCGAACACGACCAGCACAGUAGUAGCCGAGUGCCAACGCACCGAUCCGUACGAGCGCGCACCGCAUUCGGAGGGAAAUCUGAGCGAUCAUUCCGCGAGAACUUGACGCAAUCGAGUUCAAGGCACCUGUACCACAGGGCGCCACACUGCUACGCCGCGCGUAGAGUCAACGAACGCCCGCGGGCUGAACAGCGGGUCGAGAAUCGGCGGACCAUCAGCGGCGGACCUCUGUUGAGCUUCUAGUUUCUAACAACAGGCAAACCCGAACGUUGCUCGCGAUUUCUCCAGUGUUGGAUCGAUCGUGGAUCAAUCGAGACCGAGAUAUCGGCGCAGUGUUUGGAGCCUAACUCCUGUUGUGGUCGUUGCAAUCGUAUCUUCAGGUUGUUUGGAAGACUUUUGACCUCUGCUGGGUGUCACCGUCAGUGUUACGAAACCGAAGAAAUAAUAGUAUCCAGGUGUGAAAGGUGUUUCUGUGCCGUUGGAAACGGCGGGCAAAGUGACAACAAGUGCGCCAUUCUGUAGUGUUUCUCUCGCGCAAGUAUCUCGCAAAAGACGAGUGCCUAGAUACUCGCAGCACAGGUAGUGUUGUUCGCUAGUGCUUUCUUUGUUUCUGUUUCAAUGUUUACACUCUCGUAGCUUGAAAGGCUCUCCGCGGUAGCUUACCAAUUUCCAAAGUGGUUCCGACACAGUGCUGAACAUGUAGCUAGAAGAGCCCCUGCCUGUACCCCUAAGUGCAACCAAAAAAAAAGGGCAUCAACAUACUUGUUGCUUAAAGUUGUUUAGAAAUAUCCCGCUUGCUACUGUGCAACAGCACACAACAAGUACGGCCCUGGGCUGACGUUUACAGUGCGUGUUUUGGUCGUUCAAGUGGCUGAUUUGAAGGUAGAAUAAACAUGGCGGCGAAUCGUAAACACUACUCCUCCAAAGAGGACAUCCCCAAAGAAGGCGACGAGGGCGGUGGUAAUGAUGACAGCGGUGGUGGUGGUGGUGGUGGUAGUGCCAACAGUGGUCAUCCGAUCGAACCGAUCAAGCGCGGCAAGGAUGAGGUGGACUUUGUGUUGACCGCAUCGAAAGCGAACGGCACCGCUAUGUCCGCGGGAAAGAAAGGGCAGGAGGACACCGGCACCAAGGCUGGCACCGGUGUGACGCUGGACAAGUUCAACAUAUUUCAUCUACGCCGUCGACCAAAAAGUGACCCUGGCACUGGACCGAUCGCGAAGCAUGCCGCGGCCCAACAGAUGGGCCCGGCCGCGAACGGGGGAGCCGCUGCGUCCGGUGCGGACGAAACGCUCAAGAAGAAAAAGUCACGCUUCGUCAAGAGUGCGUCGAUCGCGCGCAUCUUCGGCAACACCUACAAUACCAAAAAGUAUGACGAUAGCAGCGCCCUGCUGAAGUUGCAGCAGUUCAAGCGUAGCUUCCUGAACAGUGAAAAGUUCCACAAGAAGGACAGCGGGGCCGGUGCGGCCGAGGAAGCGGACGACGGGGAGCUGCAGAUCGGGGACGCGUGCUACGUGAACGACAGCGAGAGCAGCGCAAAGGCGAUCAAGUCGAUUACGCGCGGGCUCGGCAGGCUGCUGCGGCGUAACUGUCACAGCAUCGACAUCAGCCGGCCGGAUCCGGAGUACAAGGUGUCUUACCUCGGCAACGUUCUUACCGGAUGGGCUAAAGGUGAUGGAUGUGUGGAGAAACCGCUCGCCACACUGUGGCGUAACUACACGCAGAACAGCAAACCGGACGUGAUGAUGAAGCUGUGCCUGUGCCCGUCCGGGCUGAAGGCGACCACCCGGCAGCACGGUCUGACCGAGUACUGGUCGCACCGGAUCACCUACUGCAGCUCGCCAAAGAACUAUCCGCGCGUGUUCUGCUGGAUCUACCGGCACGAGGGCCGCAAGCUGAAGCACGAGUUCCGCUGCCACGCGGUCAUCUGUUCCAAAGAAUCCGUUGCGCUGGAGAUUAGCACCAUCCUGAAGGAAAACCUAGCCAAAGCCCUGCGAGAGUUUAAGCGCGACAAGCUGAACCGGCAGAACGCGCGCCUCAGCCUAGCGAACAGCGUGUACGACAAUCCGAGCAUGCCGCGCCGGAAGAUCAUGCUGAGUGUCGGCGCGAACAACUACCGACCCCCGCUCGAGCGCUCCAAGUCCGCCCCGAAGCUGAUGGCCAUCGAGGAGAUGAUCGGCGAGGAGGACGAGGAGGAGGAGGGAGAGGACGACGGGGCCCGCGCCCUGAAGGUGGGAUCGUCCACGGCGGCUGGCAGCACGGCGCUGGAAGCCUGCUGCCGGGAGGAUGCCCUGUUCCCCUCGACCACGCUCGGCCGGCGGCGCUGCCGGCGGGGCCACUCGAUCAGACGGUCCCGGUUGCGGAACUCGUUCAAGACGCCCAAGGACGUGGAGGCGCGGGCACCGCGCAAGAACGAAAACAUCGUGCACAUCAGCCCGAUGAACAAGUCGGUCGACUCCAUCCUGGACACCAUUAGCCAGGAGGAGGGUGAAGAAGAGGAGCAGGAGGAGGAGGAGCGAACGAACGAUGGCGAGACGGCACCGGAGACGGGUGGCUCGCAGCCGCCGGAAGCGGCGGCCAAGCUGGGCAAAGCGUCCAAGCUGUCGCACCACUCCGACUCGUCCGAGGAUGACUUCGAAGCGUUCAUGGCGCACUACAACUACAACUCGAGCGAACCGCUCUCGACGGAACUGAUCUCGUACUUCGACAUGAAGCUUAACCCCACCGCCGUGUGCAGCAUGCACGAUCUGAGCCAGCACCAUCACGGCAGCCUGCCGGUAACGCUCGAGGACACCCAGCGGCUAGCGCUCAGCCUGGACGAUCUGGACCACUACUCGCUGCCGGCCGGGGUUGGCGAGGCGGACGACGCUGCGCUGGCCGGGCUGCGCACCCGCGAGCUGAAGGACCGCGAGGACGAGCUGGACCGGGACGAGGUGUUCUUCAACCAGGACGAGGUGCUGGAGAUGCUGCGCACGGCGGCAGAGUCGGCCGCGUCCGCUUCCACCGCCCAGCGCCGGCUAUCCGACGACCGGCUGCUGCGCCAUUCCGGCUGCCUGCACGGGGAGGACGAUACGGCCCCCCCGUCGCUGCUGUGCGUGACGAGCAAGCUGCAGGCGGCCAACGGUGGGGCGGCGCACCAUCCCGACAGUGACGAGGGUUCCAUAUCGAGCGGGUGCGAAACGUCCAGCACGGUCACGACCAACACGGACGACUCCGGUGCAAGCGGCCCUGGCGGACGAACCGGUGCCGUGGCUGCCGCUGUCCUCGGCAAACCCGGCUCGGUGCUGGAGCGCGUGCGCAGCUUUGAACAGCUGGCCGAAAACCAGGUAAUUCACGUGCCGCUCGGCGAACGCACCGGCCAUCAAGGGCAGCCGGACACGGGCAGCUGUGCGGGCUCGCCGGAACUGAUCUUCAAGCGCAGCAUCACCUUCCCCGCGCCCGGCGUCAAGUCGAGCUUUCUGAUGCCAAUGACGACCGGUGGCAGUGCCGCGCAGCCGGCCGGACUGAGGACCGAACCCAUCGAUUCGCCGCUCGACUCGUUGAACGGGUCGCUCGUUGAGGCACCGGCACGAAGGGAGGAGGUGGUGGAGGAGAAAGCACACCACCACCCUCACCACCACCACCAACAACAACCGACCAAACCGAAGGUGCGCCAGAUGCGCCUCAAGUCGACGGUGGCCGCCGUCAACACCGAGCUGAUCAAUCAUCUGCAGGCGAUCGAUUCGGACUCGGAGUUUAGCGACGAGUCCGGGUACGUCGAGUUUCAGGACAAUCAGCCGUCGAUCAAAUCGGUGACGGCUUGAUGCCACGUGCCCCAACUGGACGAUGUUUGCUAGUGCUGUGCGAGUAGAGCAGAAGAGUUUACAGCUUUUUUUUCUAAGGUUUACUGCAGCGGCAAUCACUGUGAACUUUGUGUGUAGAACUUGACUUUGCUAGAUUUGCAACCCCUCGUGAGGAGGAGUAGGAGGAGGAGGAGGAGUAGUAUUUUUACAACCCAAUACCUUCUUAGCUAGACAUAGGUGGCUACCGUUAAUGUUACUCCUACACUAAUGUAAUGCACUGAAGCAGCUGUACGAUCCUCGCGCUUGAGGUCAACCAGAAAGCGUCCGUCGCUAAUUAGUACAUUGCAGUGAAAGGUUGAGUGGUUAGUUAGUUUCUUUCUUUCCUCGUUUUGUUAAGCCUUAAACUUUGCUACAUUGUUGUGCAGUGUGACGAAGAAGCAGAGCUGUGUCCGAUUGAGGACAUAAUAGGUGGGAGUGCAAAUGUGCAAACGGGGAGAGGGUGUAGUACACUCCCCGCAGCUCAUUUGCUUGCUGCUUUGUUGUUAAACAUUUAGCUUUACACACAAGGGUUAGCCGAUUAGCUUAGCCGUUAGUGCAGUUGCGAGUUGCGAACGUAACCGCGCCUGAGCGAUUUGGUUUCCUUGGGUCCCAAAUCGCCCGGUCAAAAGAACGGGACGAUUCAAUCAGAUACCAAAUAACUUAUUUUAUAAUCAACAAUAACACAUAGCAAACAUCUACAGAGAGCACAGGAUUACGCUUAGUCCUUAUGUGCGCAAAAAUGCAACUCCAGGCUGACAAUGCGGGUAGGUUUUCGUGCACUAAUCGAAUGCAGAGAAGCAUCCAAUGCCUAAAUGAUGAUAUUAUCGAUAAUCGCACGCAUCCCCAAUUUAUAAACGAGACCUGCGACGUUGCUAAGAACAGCAUGGUGAUCAACUCCUCCGAACAUGAAUCUAAUCACUUCCCCCACCAGUUGAGGAUUGUUGGGCCCAUGUGCCGCCACGCGCUAGAAAAAUCUAGUGUCUAGACAGCAUCCACUGCUACGCACCAUUGGUAGUAACCGCCCAGGUGGUGGUAGGUGGUGGUUACUACCACGGCACGGCUCUGAACAUAAUCUAAAACAGCGCAUAAUGGGGAACACUUGGGAACACUUACAACAGAUAGUUAACCGCGGGAGCAAAGAUAAGUAGCAGUAGUAGUGAUAGCAGUAGCAGAGUAGUGAUAGUAAUAUUGUACUAAAAAUAGACAUCUACAUGUGAGGACGUCGAUGUGACACGUGAUGGACAUUGUACAGGGUGAGCUUGUGCACACCGGGUGCUGCUAAAUAGAAGCUGGAAAACCAAGACAUUAGACUAUAUACAAUUAAGCCAGUGGAAUUGUUGUUUAUCUUUCUCUCGCCUCCUCUCUGCUCCACUGCACGCUACGGGAGGGGAGGGGGUGUAAUCAUGGUUAAGGACCAGGGGCAGGGAAAGAGUAUAUUUAUUGAUAACCCGUCACGUUCGGAAAUGUUAUUCUUCCUUCGGAUUUGUCACAAGUUUCUAUGAAAAAUAAAACUUUCAACUAAA